ACCGUGGAACCUGUGGACGAUGCAAAUAUGCAGAUUACUUGGCUAUUGAACGGAGUACCUAUGCCGAACUCGUCCCGAGUGAAGACGAUCAACGAUUUCGGUUGGGUAUAAUGGAUAUCAACCAAGUCGAACCACGAGACACUGGCGAAUGGACAUGUGUGGCGUCGAAUCCUGCCGGAGAAGCUCGAUGCAGUGCUCCGCUCAAUGUCACCAGCAGGGAAAAUAUCGUUCUCGACUCGUUGAAUCCGCAAUCACUUGACCGUAUCCGCGAGAUCGAAGCCGACAAACCAGCUGCACCCGAAGCACCUGCUCCAGUCUACCCAGCACCGAAAUUCACUGCUCCUCUUACAGUACAGGGAGCGCUCGAAGAGGCUGGCAGUGCUCAUCUUCAGGCUCAAUUCACACCAAUCGACGACCCGAACUUGAAGGUCGAAUGGCUUCGCGACGGACAUCCCAUCUUCCACUCCAACCGCUACCGUAUGGUGCACGAUUUCGGUUUUGCCAUUGUAAAUGAAGCCGGUGAAGACACCACAUCUGCACCGAUCAAGGUCGCGCCAAGCAGCGGUCUCAUCCUUCAUCCUCAGAACGAACAGAAGGCAAAGGCUGUCUCAGACCUUGAAGAAGUCCUGCACCGUAAACCAGAAGAAGCUGUUGUGGAAGUCAAGGAAGCAAUGCCGGUAUUCAUCGAACCGCUCUCAGCUCCAGUUGAGUGCGAUGAAGGUGAUCGAGCUCACUUCACGGCGAGAUACGAGCCGCUCAAUGACAAUAAACUACAGGUACAAUGGUUCCAUGACGGUCGUCCACUGAAGACUGGCUCUCGAGUGAAGACCAUCAACGAUUUCGGCUUUGUGGUCCUCGAGAUCAGCCCCGUCUAUCCAGAAGACAGUGGCGAAUAUUCAUGCCGCGCCAUGAACCUGGUGGGCGAAGCUGUGACCAGCACUCGACUCACGUGCAAUCCCAUAGAAAGAAUUAUACGCGAAUCACAACUACCAGGCAAAAUGGCAGAAGGAGCUCAAGCAAGAAUUGGUGAGAUCGAGGCACCACGGCCAGCUCCUGAAGAGAGACCUGAUGUCGACUACGGACCACCUAAAUUCACCACACCGCUCGCGUCUCCACCUGAACUUCUCGAAGGUCAAAUGGCUCAUCUCGAGGCGCAAGUCACUCCAGUUUUGGAUCCAACGUUGAAGAUCGAAUGGUUCCACGACGGCAAACCAAUGACGCAUUCAAACAGAAUGAAGGCAGUAAAUUCUAAACUUCAGAUGAUUCACGACUUCGGAUUC